AAUUUGUUGUUGUUACAUUUUUUAAACUCAAAACGCAUUUGCAUAUUAGUAUUCAUAACGUAAAACGCAACCAAUCAGAGCAGUAUCAUAAGCACUAUCACUUGACUCGUGCUUUAUAUUAAACAUUCAGGAAGCUAACAAUGUACGCCUUAAAUUGAUAUGCUGCAGUGGCAAUCUGUCAAGUCGACGGGGAUGUUGGGGGCAUGAUAGGCGGAAUAUUUUACACUGCUUCUGUGAGGAUUUUGAUACAGCGUUAAAAUGUCGACCCAGACGCUAUGGAAUACGUCAGGAAUGUUGUCACCUGCAGAAGACGCCUCGUCGUCACUGGAAACAUCUGUUUCAUUGGUUAUGACGAUGUCUUCACAUUUAUUUGAGUUUUCGACUGCAUUAUAUCCCACUGCUUCGGUUGAUUACAAUGUUCCAGAAAGUUCUUCAGAUUACGUGGGUUUUGGUAAAAACGAAAGUGGAAUAUUAGCUAACGAUUUCAAUAACAUUCCACACUAUGAACAACCAGUUUAUAAGGACUACAUGUACGAAGCAUUUGCCUUUGAGAGACCGAUUUAUCUCUUUAUUUGGGAGAUCUUGGUCAUCAUAACGGCCCUCGUGAACGUCCUAGUGAUCAUUGUGCUGUUACGAAAGAAAAUGCGUAACCCCACCAACAUGAUUCUUGCAGCGAUUGCAAUAGCCGACACACUUACUGGAUUGGUAACACUACCAACGUAUAUAAUGGUAUAUCAGAACUUUGAAAAAUCAACUGGUUCUGAACAUUAUUCUGAUGUAUUGACAAAUGAAACCGAAAUUUCGGCUGAAAUGUAUUACGACGAGAAUCUAAAUAUGGCUAACGGGUCAAUAUAUGAGGCAGUGGACGCAUACAUAUUGUCGAAAAGCUUAUGUACAUGGUUUAUGCUGUCGAAGUUCUUCUUUUCAAAGUUAUUUCACACGUGUUCAAUAUUCUUGACGCUGUUUCUUGGAAUUCAACGUUUCGUUUCUGUUGCAUACCCUUUCUUAGCUGGAAAAAUCUUUACAAGUAGAACAGUCCUCGUUACAUGUGUUUGCAUCUUCAUUGUAUCUCCGUUGAUUCAUAUUUACCACUCCUUGGAUGAAAAGGCUAAAGAUGGCCUCUGUCAAUGGGCAAUAGACGAUUGUAAAACAGAUUGUGCGUUCCUGUGGGUCGUUUUCUUCAUUCGUCACUUUAUUCCUAUCGUCCUUCUUUGUAUCUUCACCAUCCUGUUCAUCAUUGAACUUCGAAAGACCAAAUUAGUCGUAGCAGCCGGCAGCCGAGAACAGGUUGCUCGACGAGAUUCAGAAAACAUACGAAUAACGAAAAUCGUCAUUUCAAUCUUAAUCGUCUUUCUGUUACCGGAAAUUCCUUACGGAGUAUUUCUGAUGAUGUCCGUAAUAAAUAAACACACGAAUACAGCUUUUGAAUUGGAAAGAAACCGGGCAAUUCAUGCGGCGUACGAGAUAGCUCUGGUCGUCUCCUUCCAUGCCAACUUCUACAUCCUCACAUUUCUGAACAAGCGAUUUCGCUCAGGACUGAAACAAACAGUCCUGUAUCCGAUUCGACGGGUCAUGGGCGACAAAUACAGAUGGUCGGUGUCUUCAGGCAGUCCCAACAGCAGAACAACAGCGCAAUCAAGUUUGCUAUCAAGGUCAGCGACUCGCCUACGUUCGAUGGACCAUCAAAACCUUGGCAGAGAGGCGCACCAAAUUUCACAAACGGACAGCCUAGACAAUACGGAGACAAAACUAACGAACGGCAGCAAUUCUAUUGACAGUCAGUGACAACAUUACAGGAGUACAUAUAUGUGCUAAAUCGUCAUUUUGACCAUUAUACAUUACGAUUGCAAAGAAUGCUAAAUUUCUUAAUUGCGUAAAGUAAAGUUUGAAUUGUCUGUAAGUUGUAAAGUAAAUAUUGAAUGGACGGAAUUCCGCUAAGUAAAGUUUUACUAUCGUGGUAAGGUACUUUCUGUAGAAAGUUGGCAAUGAUACAAAGGAUGUGUUUUGUGCUAUUUUAGCAUAGUUUAAUAAUCAAACUUGUAUAUAUAACAAUAUAUGAUCUUAUGUUUUAUUUAACAUGUACACGCAAAAGAUAUGCCUAAUUUUUGCUAUAACGUUGAUGCGAAAUAUAUUGGCAAACGUGUCUAAGCAAUUCAUAAAUGUAUCAGCUUUGUAAUGUAUUACGCAUGUUUUACAUGAUAACUAAACUUUAAUGCAUGUUAAGUUAAUAAUGCAAACAUAUAAUGAAAACGCUGUGUGUUUAAACUCGUAUGACGAAGUGCUUUAUAUAAAAACGAUUAUGUUCUUCGGUGCACCAAAUUCUUACAAAUGAACACCACACAGCAUAUGAUUGUCGUUUGGAUUGUUAGGACUAAUGUUGUUCAUAUUCAGUCUUGUUUUACAUUUUCCACGUCAUAUCUAAAUAUAAAAUGAAUAUAUUGUAUAUAACUUACAGUUAACAUUGUUUACACAAGAACAAUUAUGCUAAAACAAAUCAUAGAGAUAUAUACUACGUUUUUAUAAUUAUGAAAGUAUAUUAUAUAAUUGUAGAAUAAUUUAUUCAUUAUAGUCAUUAUAUCAAUUAAUAAUUAUAGGUUAUUAGACGUUUCACUGUACACUACGGAGAUAUAUUUGGACUCGUGUGCGAGUCCAAAUAUAUCACGUACUGUACAGUUUAAACGUCUAAUAAGCUUUUAUUCUAUAUCCCUUUCUUCAGCUCUUUGUUUCAUUUUAAUUUUGAGUUUAAAAUGCUUUUAUUGCAUCUAUGCUAUUUUCAAGACAAGCGCCUGUGUGAGUCGAUUAUAGUACAUUCGGAUACUUUUUCUCGGUAACGGCUUUUAUCGUUAUAAAACAAUUGCUUAGUACACUUAUACUCCACUGUCCAAUAUGGAAAAAUACAGACUUUUUGGAUCCAAUACCGGAAUAUAUUGGACGGUCACGUGGUACAUAUGAAGAAUGCCGAUUGGAUGAAUUUAUUGGAUAUAGAAUAAAACCAUAUAUAUACA